UGGAUCGCGGUGAGAGAGAUCGGAUACGGCUAACCUUUGAUCACUAGUCAUUAUAGUAGAUCAAUUUAAUAGCAAGGGCACUUCAUUAGUUUUCUCGGAAAUUACAUGUGCGUGAUUUUUUUUUCAGUCAAAAUUAAAUUCUUUGGAACUACUAGGUAUGAAGAAAAAAAAAAUUACAAAAAAUCUACUUUCGAACACCAAAAAAUUAGGUUUCUACUUUCGAACAUCCAGCACACACAUACAUGCAGAACCCUAGCCUAGACAUGCACAGGAAAGAAUCUAGAGAGAGAGAGAGAAAUAGGGGACUGGCGCGAAAAGAGGGAGGGACAAACGAGGCUUUAAAACCAACUAUAGAAGCAAAAAAUAAGGACCGUUGAACUCAAUCGCCUAAAUUUAGCCAUUUGUUUUUCCAACCAGCCAUUGAACGUACACUGCCUUAAUUGCCACCUCCCACUUAAUUUUUUAUUUUUUUUAAUCAUUCCGUCCACUUUCAUGCAAACCCAUAAUCUCUUAUGAUCUUCAAACAAAAUAUACAUAUAUAGAUAUAGGAAAAAACAGACCACAUUCAAUAAUGUUCCCUAUAACAAUAUGUUGAGAAACCAUUGACAAGAUCAAGAUGUCUACUUCAGGUCCCAAUAAACCCUCCUUGUCACAAUCGCCUUCAGGUACCCGCCCACCUCAGGCGGUGAAGUUUGCCCGCCGGACGUCGAGUGGUCGUGUCGUGAGCCUGUCCCGGGACGACGACAUCGAUAUGGCUGGAGAAUUUGCCGCUCCAAAUGACUACAUUAACUACACCGUCCUCAUGCCUCCGACCCCGGACAACCAGCCGGGGAUGGGCGCCUCGGGGGACAAGCCGGACGGCCCGGGGGCCUACGGGGCGUCACGGUUCGGGGGUGGUGGAGGCGGCGGCAAUUCGGGAAGCAAGCUGGACCGUAGGAUGUCUGUGAUGAAGUCAAAUAAUAAAUCAAUGUUGUUGAGGAGUCAGACAAGCGACUUUGAUCACAACCGUUGGUUGUUUGAGACCAAAGGGAAGUAUGGUAUUGGGAAUGCCUUCUGGCAAGAUGAUGAUAAAUACGAUGAAGAUGGAAUGACCAUGUCUGAUUUUUUGGACAAGCCUUGGAAGCCACUCACUAGGAAGGUCAAUGUUCCUGCUGCUAUUCUCAGCCCUUACAGGCUACUUGUUGUGAUCCGCCUUGUAGUACUGUGUUUUUUUCUUGCAUGGCGGGUCCGAAACCCUAACCCUGAAGCAAUGUGGCUAUGGGGCAUAUCCAUUGUAUGUGAGAUCUGGUUCGCCUUCUCAUGGAUUCUUGACAUUCUCCCCAAGAUCAACCCCAUAAACCGAGCUACCGACUUGGAGGCCCUCAAGGACAAGUUCGAGGCACCUUCACAGCACAACCCCCAUGGCCGGUCUGACCUCCCAGGAGUCGAUGUGUUUAUCUCCACCGCUGACCCCGAAAAAGAACCACCUUUGGUCACAGCCAACACCAUCCUCUCCAUUCUUGCUGUUGAAUACCCUGUUGAGAAAGUCUCCGUCUACAUCUCAGACGAUGGCGGCGCUAUCCUUACCUUCGAGGCCAUGGCUGAGGCUGUCAACUUUGCUCAGGUUUGGGUGCCCUUCUGCCGGAAGCACAAAAUUGAGCCUAGGAAUCCAGACAGCUACUUCAACCUGAAAACUGACCCGACAAAGAACAAGAAAAAGCCUGAUUUUGUCAAGGAUCGUCGUUGGAUCAAAAGAGAGUACGAUGAAUUUAAAGUCAAGAUCAAUGGGCUGCCUGAAGCAAUACGCAAGCGGUGUGAGAUGCAUAACUCCAGGGAAACUAUGAAGGAGAAAAAAAUGGCCAAGGAGAAGAACGGUGGGACGCUGCCAGCAGAGCCGAUCAACGUCACCAAGGCCACAUGGAUGGCUGAUGGGACACACUGGCCGGGCACAUGGCACUCGCCAAUAGCUGAUCACUCCAAGGGAGACCAUGCUGGAAUCCUGCAGGUGAUGAGCAAGGUGCCAGAAUGUGAUCCAGUAUUGGGUCACCCAGAUGAGAAGAAGCUGGACUUCAGUGGCGUCGACGUUCGGGUUCCAAUGUUUGCAUACGUUUCACGUGAGAAACGGCCUGGUUAUGACCACAACAAGAAGGCUGGAGCCAUGAAUGCCCUGGUGAGAGCUUCGGCAAUACUGUCCAACGGGCCAUUCAUACUCAACUUGGAUUGUGAUCAUUACAUAUUUAAUUCUCUGGCCAUUCGAGAAGGAAUGUGCUUCAUGUUGGACCGUGGUGGUGACAGGAUUUGCUACAUACAAUUUCCCCAAAGAUUUGAAGGGAUCGAUCCCUCUGAUCGAUAUGCCAACCAUAAUACUGUCUUCUUUGAUGGUAACAUGCGAGCCCUGGACGGACUCCAAGGCCCUGUGUAUGUCGGAACUGGUACCAUGUUCCGGCGAUAUGCACUCUACGGUUUCAACCCACCUCGAGCGAAUGAGUACACGGGCUUGUUUGGGAGAACGAAGAGCAAGGUAAGUAAGCAACCGCAUGGCGGUGAUGCACAACCUGACCAGGAAGACUCAGUUACACAGCCCCUAGCAACUCACCCGGACUUGAACCUCCCCAAGAGGUUUGGGAAUUCGACAAUGUUCGCAGAAUCUAUACCUGUUACAGAAUUUCAAGGACGCCCACUCUCCGAUCACAUUUCUGUAAAGAAUGGCCGGCCUCCUGGUGCACUGCUCGUCCCACGCGCCCCACUUGAUGCACCCACUGUUGCUGAGGCCAUUAAUGUCAUCUCCUGCUGGUACGAGGAUAAGACCGAAUGGGGAGACAGGAUUGGUUGGAUCUAUGGAUCAGUGACAGAAGAUGUGGUGACCGGUUAUCGGAUGCACAAUCGUGGGUGGAGGUCCAUCUAUUGUAUCACCAAGCGUGAUGCCUUCCGUGGCACUGCACCUAUCAACCUCACUGACCGCCUGCACCAGGUCCUCCGGUGGGCAACCGGUUCAGUAGAGAUCUUCUUUUCCCGAAACAAUGCCCUACUGGCGAGCACGCGCCUCAAGUUCCUGCAGCGCAUAGCGUACCUCAAUGUCGGCAUCUACCCUUUCACCUCCUUCUUCCUAGCGACCUACUGCUUCCUCCCGGCUCUCUCUCUCUUCUCUGGACACUUCAUUGUACAAAGCCUAAACAUCGCUUUCCUCACCUACCUCCUCAUCAUCAGUGUCACACUCACUCUCAUCUCACUUCUUGAAGUCAAGUGGUCCGGCAUUGGCCUAGAGGAAUGGUGGCGUAACGAGCAAUUUUGGGUCAUUGGUGGCACUAGUGCUCACCUUGCUGCUGUAAUCCAGGGGCUACUCAAGGUCAUAGCCGGUAUUGAGAUCUCAUUCAAACUUACCACCAAGUCUGCUGGCGACGACGUAGAUGACAUCUACGCAGAUCUAUAUAUUGUCAAAUGGACAAGUCUCUUCAUAAUGCCAUUAACUAUCAUUGUGGUCAAUAUCAUUGCACUUGUCAUUGGUUUCUCAAGGACUGUCUACAGCGUGAUUCCGCAGUGGAGUAAGCUCUUUGGUGGAUGCUUCUUCAGCUUCUGGGUGUUGGCUCACAUGUACCCAUUCGCCAAGGGGUUGAUGGGAAGGAGAGGAAGGGUGCCCACCAUUAUAUAUGUGUGGUCAGGGCUUGUGGCUAUAACAGUCUCUUUGCUUUGGAUAUCUCUCAGUCCACCAAGUGAUAACUCUAAAUUUAAGGCUGGAUAAGUAGAGAUGUUUAAUGACUGGGGAAGGAGACACUAAUGCUGUAAUUAACUCAUAUUUUCUUCCAUAUUUCCUCCACAAUGUAAGCAAUCUUGUACUACUAAGAGGUGUCUCCAGCUUCAAAAAAAAAAAAAAAAAAUGUCUCAAACUCAAACUCAGAUUUUUCUUGUGUUUGUAUUGUAACUUGUAAGUGUAGGACAUAUAGUGAUAUACAGAAGUAAUUUAAGUGUAUCUUACAUGGCUUUUACCACCCAUGAAUGUGUUCAAGUUCCCAUGCACAGGCAAUGGAGCAGUAGACAGUCUAGUGAAUCCAAUUCAAGAAAUAAUUUGAUCA